CUCUGGUCAAAACGGCACCUUUGCGAGAACACGAGCACAAGGUUAACUAGUAAUGUAACCUGGCCUUUUCGCCGGCCGUGAAGCCCGAGGUUGUGGCAGACGCAGCUGCUGAAAAGGAAGGAGAAGAUGGGUAGUGAAGUGAAGAAGAAGAACCCUAAACAAUUACCCCUAAAUCCCAAUUGGGCUCAGCUCCAACAAAAACUGAAAUCAAACGACUCUAUUAAACCUCCAAGAAACUCCAAAACCCCGCAAGCGGAAACCCAGAAAUCUGUCUUAGGAAAGCGUAAAGAGAGAGAAGAAACAGAGUCUGAGGAUACCAAAUCCAAUCCUCUUAUUCCCACAAAUGACGAUUUCAGUUUGACUGAUGUACUUGCUAUGGAUUGCGAAAUGGUUGGUGUUGGUCAAGGAAACAAAAGUGCUCUUGGACGAGUUUCACUGGUAAAUAAAUGGGGGAAUGUUGUAUACGACGAGUUUGUGAGGCCAGUAGAACGUGUUGUUGACUUUCGGACAAGUAUUAGUGGCAUUCGACCAAGAGACUUGAGGAAGGCAAAGGAUUUUCGUGCUGUCCAGAUGAAAGUAGCAGAGUUAAUUAAGGGAAGGGUUCUCGUGGGCCAUGCCUUGCACAAUGAUCUUAAGGCAUUAUUGUUGACUCAUCCCAAGAAGGAUCUAAGGGACACCUCAGAGUAUCAACCCUUUUUAAAGGAAGGGCGUAGAAAGGCACUUCGGCAUCUUGCAUCGGAAUUUCUUGGUGUUCAUAUCCAGACUGGGGAGCACUGCCCUAUAGAUGAUUCCCGUGCUGCAAUGCUUCUUUAUCAGAAAAACAGAAAGGAAUGGGAGAAGAGUGUUAAGGAUCAAAUAAGGCUCAAGCAAAAGCAGAAAAAACGCAAGCAGAGAAAGAAACCAAAGCAGGGGGUUCCUUUGGAUGCCAUUCUUCAUGAAACUUCAUCAUAGCAGUUCUGCCCUUCAGUUACUGUAUUCUAUGUUCUUGAGCUUGACACAAAAAAAUAUACAGAAUUCUUAUGCCUAAAGGGGAAGAGUCUGAAUGCAGAGCUGGUAUUGGUUAUGCACUGCAAAUGAAUAAGCAAUAGAUGACCAGCCUCUUUUACCUGGGGCCUGAUGUCAAUGGACAACCCAUUAACCUCGUAUUAUGAGGUGAGAAGAACUUGCUAAUGUUGCCAUUGGUGAAGUUUUGUAGGUGAGGUGAGGAAGUAUAUUUCUUUCUUUGUAUUAUCUAGUAAGACUUCCUAAGGAUGCCUCUGUUGUUGUGUUUUCUUUCCUCCUUUUUUGUGGUUAUUAUAGGAUGCUUCCGUUAAGAGAAUGCAAAUGGAUACCCCUUUUUUUUUCUUCUUUGACCGAAGAAUACCAUUUUUCUUUUUCUUUUUUUUUUUAUUAAUCUUUCAGUAUCCAAUAAUCACAUUGAGUUUCG